AUGGAUGCCACAAUGCCCAUUUGCAAGAUUGUCACUCCAACUCCUGGCUUAUUUUUUGGGAGAACUAAAGAGAUCCAGAGUUCCCAAUGCAGCUUUAUGGUGGGAAAUAAAGUCAACUUUUUAAGGCAGAGAGCUCGGGGUGCUCAAGUUACUUUCAAAUCCAGGAAGCAUGGGGGAGCUCUCCAUGCUACAUGUCGUGCUGAAAAAAUUCUGGUGGCAAAUAGAGGAGAAAUUGCUGUUCGCAUUAUUCGAACUGCCCAUGAAAUGGGAAUACCUUGUGUGGCUGUUUACUCAACAAUAGACAAGGACGCACUUCAUGUGAAAUUGGCUGAUGAAUCAGUUUGUAUUGGUGAAGCAGCAAGCAGUCAGUCGUACUUAGUUGUUCCAAAUGUUUUAUCUGCUGCUAUCAGUCGGAAAUGUACAAUGCUGCAUCCAGGAUAUGGUUUCCUUGCUGAGAAUGCAUCAUUUGUUGAAAUGUGCAGAGAACACGGAAUCAACUUUAUUGGGCCUAAGCCGGACAGCAUCCGUGUUAUGGGUGAUAAAGCGACUGCCAGAGACACAAUGAAGACAGCAGGUGUUCCAACUGUACCAGGAAGUGAUGGAUUACUACAGAGCACAGAGGAAGGAAUCAGGCUUGCAGAUGAGAUUGGUUUUCCUGUUAUGAUCAAGGCAACGGCAGGAGGUGGAGGACGUGGCAUGCGUCUUGCUAAAGAACCUGAAGAGUUUGUGAAGUUGUUACAGCAAGCAAAGAGUGAGGCUGCAGCUGCUUUUGGAAAUGAUGGAGUUUACUUGGAAAAGUACAUCCAAAAUCCUAGACACAUUGAAUUUCAGGUUCUUGCAGAUAAAUAUGGUAAUGUUGUUCACUUUGGAGAGCGGGAUUGCAGUAUCCAGAGAAGGAACCAAAAGCUGCUGGAAGAAGCACCCUCCCCUGCAUUGACCCCGGAGUUGCGUAAAGCUAUGGGUGAUGCAGCAGUUGCCGCAGCAGCAUCGAUUGGUUACAUUGGUGUUGGAACCGUUGAAUUCCUUUUGGAUGAAAGAGGUUCCUUUUACUUCAUGGAAAUGAACACUCGUAUUCAGGUUGAGCAUCCUGUGACAGAGAUGAUUUCCUCUGUUGACUUGAUUGAAGAACAAAUUCGUGUAGCUAUGGGAGAAAAACUUCGAUACACACAGGAUGAGAUAGUGCUCAGAGGACAUUCAAUUGAAUGUCGUAUCAAUGCAGAAGAUGCUUUUAAAGGAUUCCGACCUGGGCCAGGAAGAAUAACCGCCUACUUACCAUCUGGAGGUCCCUUUGUUAGAAUGGAUAGCCAUGUUUAUCCUGAUUAUGUAGUUCCUCCAAACUAUGACUCCCUUCUUGGAAAGCUUAUUGUUUGGGCACCAACAAGAGAAAAGGCAAUUGAACGAAUGAAGAGGGCUCUUGAUGACACUAUUAUAACAGGGGUUCCCACAACCAUUGAAUAUCAUAAACUUAUCCUUGAUGUAGAGGAUUUCAAAAAUGGCAAGGUUGAUACUGCUUUUAUUCCGAAGCAUGAAGAGGAGCUUGCAGCGCCCCAACAUUUGGUGCCUGCAGCCCCUGCCAAAGAACUAGCUGGUGCAUCUGCUUAG